GAAGUCAGACGAGUUUUUUAGCCGGAAGACCGUCAAUAAUCAAACACAAACAAAACGUAAUUAUAAAGUUAAUCAUCAAUUAACACGGGGCAAACCCAUCCCAAACUAACAGGCUCCGCCCACAUCCAUCAUCAUGGUGGACCUGUACAGGCGCAUAGUUACACGCUUUCCACUAGGCAACGUCAGUUACAUGUUUGCGUAUGGCUCCGGCGUUAAGCGCCAGGAGGGUUACGAGAUGCUCGACCAGAAACCCGAUGCUAAAACUGUCAUCGAUUUAAUAUUCUGCGUGCGCGACACACUGGGCUUCCAUGCGGAGAAUAUACAUCGACACGAGGCACAUUAUUCGUCACUGCGAUAUCUCGGUGCCAAUUUUGUGGCAAAGUAUCAGGAGCGCUUCGGUGCCCGUGUUUAUUUCAAUACCUUGGUACCGUUGCCCGAUCUUGGACUAACAGUUAAAUACGGCGUGGUGCAUGAGGAUCAUUUAAUUGAUGAUCUGCUGCAUUGGCGUGACCUGUAUUUGGCUGGACGGCUACAGAAGCCAGUCACCGAUCUCGUCAAUCUCGCCGACAAUCCACGACUGCAGUCUGCUGUGGAGCAGAAUCUGGUGUCGGCGUGCCAAGCUGCUCUGCUGCUGCUGCCCGAGAAAUUCACAGCCUACGAGCUAUUUUAUGCGAUUGCCGGACUCAGUUACAAGGGUGACUUUCGCAUGAUAUUUGGCGAGAACAAGCAGAAGGUGCACAAUAUUGUGCAGCCGCAGUUGUCCGAGUUUCUGGCGCUCUACCAGCCAGCCAUGCGGCAGCUGGCACAAUACAUGGCUGUCAACAUGCAUGGCGUGGAGCCGGGCUCCCAAAAGCCAGCCGUCAUCUUCGAACAGGAUAAAUCGCUCACUGCGACACGAUUUCAUUUGCGACACUUGCCACGGGAGCUGUGCCGGCGUCUGGGGCACAAUGCCGCCUGUCGGGGCGAUUAUGCGGAUGUUGUUGAGCAUUUGUCGCUGGCGCCACAGCUGCCCAAGAUUGUUCAGGUCUCGGUGAAUGACAUUGUCUGGCGCAGCAGUGUGACGCAGUCACUGAAGAACAUUGCAUCGGCAGGCAUCUUCAAGUCAAUCGUCUAUAGCUAUCGCAAGUCGUUAAAGACAUUCGCCGCUUAAGUUUUACGCUAAGGAAUCGCAUGGAUCGUAAACGGGAAUAGAAGCUUAGCAUCGUUGCAAAUGAAAUCCUGUUUCUGAUCUUAUGCGAAUCCGUAGGAUUCAUGCCAACUAUCCCUGCCAUUUAUUGACUAAGUUGCGCUUCUUGUGCAUUUCUGUUAAUUAAUUUUAAGCGCCAACAGUUGUUUGCACUUCAAUAGAGAACCUGUAGUUUAAAUCAAAA